AUGGCUUCCGAUCAAGAUUCCGAUCACGAUUCUGAAAUCUCUCCAUCACCCAAGACCAAAAUCACCGACCCAACCCUUAAUCCUAGAAACCCCUACUACCUCCAUCCUGGAGAAAAUCCCGGCGCUACCAUCGUCUCUCCUCCUCUUGACGACAACAAUUAUCACAAUUGGAGCAAAGCGAUGCGUAGGGCUCUCACAUCCAAGAACAAACUCUCCUUCAUCAAUGGCCGAAUCAAGAAACCCCCUCUGAAUGAUGAAAGCUACGAACUUUGGGAACGCGCCAAUAGCAUGGUGCUCUCUUGGAUCAAUCGGACAUUAUCGCCUCACAUCGCUCAGAGCACAAUCUGUUUCGAUUCCCCCUUCGAUCUCUGGGAAGACCUUCGUGAAAGAUUCACCAAAGGUAAUCACUUUCGCUUCUCAGAUCUUCUUCGUGAAAUACACUCUAUUCAACAGGGCGAUCGCACUUUGUCUGCAUAUUUCACUGCCCUCAAAAUCCUAUGGGAUGAAUUAGAAGAUCUUUGA